UUGAGUGUCUUAUGUAAAUGGGGCGAUUGUGUCGUGAUGCAGUGGAGGCCUGGGUUAUUGAAUCGAAACUAUCCAAAGAUAUUACCAUAACUACCAUAAAGCUAUUGCUAGUUGAUGUGUUUUUGUUAUGGUGUUAUCGGAAACUUGAUAAUACAGGGUAAAGGAUUUACCUGGGAUGAGUUUUCAUCGUGAGUCACUUUCAAACAACCAGACGCCAGUUAAGAGAAAAAGAGGGUGUUCCGAGGACGACGAAAUGUCAGAAGACAACCUGACCUCAUCCCUUUGUGGAUCUGGGAGGAGGAGCAGUUCUCCAGAUAUGUUUGCUGAUUCAAUGGAAUAUUUAAGUACUUCAUUGUCUGAAGAUGAUGCAAGAACAGGGAAGCAAUACAAACCAUCAGCUGAUAAAAAGGACAAGAAACUUGAUGAAAGUUUAAAACAAGACACAAAAGGAGAGUCGUGUCCGUGGCGAGGUGUUAGCCUUGAGGAUAUUAAAAGUGGUUAUGGGCUGUGGGGAUACCCACAGUUGCCUCCAGUUCGGUCAUCAAACAGCCAUGCUGUGCUAUAUCAGCUUCCUGUGGGUAGAGGAGAAAAACCAGCACCUUUGAAGCAGCAUUACAUUGAUAAAUGGGAUAGUGAAUAUGUUAGAAUGCCUUUUUCACCACAGAAUCUUUGUGCUGUUAAUAAGAAUGAUGGAAGUUCAAAAAAUUCACCACGCCCUGUCUGGGAGCUUGUAGAAGAGGCUUUGCUUAGGAAUAUAGUAUCAUCCCAACAGCUGGAAGCAGCCAUACUGUCAUAUUGUAGUGGAUAUGGUCGAAUCUGGGACUUUACGACUCUGCACUAUUUUCUGUCUGAUGUACUAGAUGAGACAGAAGUGGACUGUUUCUUCUCUCAGCUGUUGCCUAACAUGGUUCAGCUAGCUUUGCAGCUACCUUCUCUAAUCAGAAGUCCAGUUCCCUUGUUGAAGCAGUUCAGGAACAGCUCUGUUAGUCUGAGUCAGCUCCAGAUUGCAAGUCUUUUAAGUAAUGCUUUCUUCUGUACAUUUCCAAGACGAAAUAUGCUACAGCGUAAUUCAGAAUAUGCUACAUUUCCAGAUAUUAACUUUAACAGGUUAUUUCAGGCAAACAAGAAAAAGGCAUCUCAGAGAGCAGUGGAAAAACUUAAAUGUAUCCUUCACUAUUUUAGAAGAGUAUGUCAUAAGGCUCCAGAGGGUGUAGUAACAUUCACCCGAAGAUGCGUAGCUCCAGAAAACUUACCUCUCUGGGAGACAUCGUCAAAGUUAUUGAAUAAACUACAUAUAACAAGCUGUGGAACCAUAGAAGAUGAAGGCAGAGGAAUGCUUCAAGUUGAUUUUGCUAACAAGCGAUUAGGUGGUGGUGUUCUUCGCUGGGGCUGUGUACAAGAGGAAAUUCGUUUUGUAAUUUGCCCAGAGCUAAUUGUGUCAAGAUUAUUUACUGAAUCCAUGGAGCCACUGGAAGCAGUGCACAUAAUUGGCUGUGAACGAUUUAGCAAUUAUAAAGGCUAUGGUGAUAAUUUUGAAUGGUCUGGCGAUCAUUGUGAUACUACACCACGAGAUUCAAGUGGGCGGCGACUUUGCUCCAUUACCGCAAUAGAUGCACUGGCAUUUCGAAAUCCAAACAUGCAGUAUACUCCAAGUAACAUUACAAGAGAAUUAAACAAGGCUUACGUUGGAUUCUUCAGUCCCGAAAUUCCAGAAGAUCAGCGUACACCUGUGGCAACAGGAAACUGGGGAUGUGGAGUAUACCGUGGCAAUGCUAAGCUAAAGUCACUGCUGCAGCUCAUGGCAGCUACUGAAGCUGGUCGUCAUCUUGCAUACUUCACAUUUGGAAAUGAAACUUUACGAGACGAUGUUUUCCAGAUGUACACUUUUUUGAUGGAGAAUCGUGUUACAGUUGGGAAACUCUGGCAGUAUCUGCAGCAGUAUUAUGACUAUUGUGUGAGAGAUGGAAAGGUAACUCUGGACUUGUAUGCAUACCUAUACAAACGAAUUUCUGAUUCAGAGACAUCUGUACACCCAGCAGGAAAUGUUCGGUCUGUGGAGCCAGGCAACUUUGCUUCCAAAAAUAACUCCACCUGGAAUAAUAAAGUUGAAGAAUGGAGUAUCUCAACUGGCAGUAGUAGAAGUAAAUUACAAAAAAGCUUAGAAAGAAGAGAUGGAAACAGAGAAUCUUCAGUUUCAAGCUCCGUUAAAGACAUUGGACAGAACUCUACAAAAGUAGCAUCUGAAAGUUCAGCCAUGCAUCAUAAAAAGAACAGUGAUACAGUGACUGAGGAAAACUUAGAAGCAGUUAUGAUGGAAGUUGAGAGUGUAGAUAAUGAGGUCUCUGUUCCAGACAAAUUGUGUGACUCCUCCGCAGCAAAACCAGGAAGUUCAAGUUCAAAAACUAGUCUGUUAGAUCAACUGGAUAAGUUUGAAAACACAGAACUUCCAAAAUCAACAAACACCCCAAAGAGAAAGAUAUCUGAUUAUUUUAAUGCAGUUCAAAAAUAAUGUUUUUUAGCUGUUACAUUCUUAAGUUUCUGCAAAUAAGAAUCACAUUGUUAUUUAUUUACAGCUGAGAUCACAGUGCAUAAAUAAAUGUAAAUACAUUGAAAAUUGUAUAAUGGAAUCUUAUAUUAAACUACUGUACAAUUUAAAGCAACAAUUUUAAGAAAUAUUUUUUAUAUUGUGUCAUUAAACACAUCUGGUUA